AAAAACACUAAAAAGUAAUGUGAAUUAAGAAGCAAACAAAUAAAGAGGAAAGUGACAGAGAGAAGACGAUGACAAGUAUCUCAUAUUGUUUUACAUGUAGUGCAGAAGCUUCUCUGUUAUUAAUCCCAAUCCCAAUCCCAGAGCUAUUCAAUACUACUACUAGUACUAUUAAUAAGCCCAAACCAGCUCUGAUCAUCAAGAGAUCAGCCAAGCACCAAAUCAACAACAAUAUGGCUCUGAUCAAAGCCGUCCAUAUCCCCGACGUCCCCAUUAAAAACAAUCUCGAUCAUCAUCAUAAUAUCAAUGCAGCUUUCCAUGAUCCCCUUCAUUCUUCUUCUUCCAUCGUUUCCAAAGAAGAAAAAACAGAAGUAGUGGGAGAUGAUGAUGAUAAUGCAGGUGAGGAUGAUGAGAUGAAAAUGGUGAUGAUAGGGCACAGGGGAAGCGGGAUGAACAUGCUUUACUCGCCGGAUCAAAGAAUGAAAUUCUUGAAAGAGAAUUCGAUUCUCUCCUUCAAUAACGCAGCCAAAUUCCCCAUCCAUUUCGUCGAAUUCGACGUUCAGGUGACCAAAGAUGACUGUCCAGUCAUUUUCCAUGACAACUUCAUCCUCACUCAGGACAAGGGUGUCAUUAUUGAGAAACGAAUUUCAGACAUUACUCUUGAGGAGUUUCUUUCAUACGGGCCACAGAAAGAGCCUCAAAUGGUGGGAAAACGUCUCUUCAGAAAAACAAAAGAUGGAAGGAUUUUUGAGUGGAAGGUGGAAAAGGAUGACCCUCUAUGCACAUUGCAAGAGGUGUUUCAGAAAGUUGAGCAUUCUUUGGGAUUUAAUAUCGAACUAAAGUUCGACGAUAAUAUAGUCUACAAGGAGGAACAACUCACACACAUUCUUCAAGCCAUAUUGAAAGUUAUAAAUGAGUUCGCUAACGAUAGACCGAUCAUCUUCUCAAGCUUUCAACCUGACGCCGCCUUGUUGAUCAGAAAAAUGCAGAACACCUACCCCGUAUUUUUUCUUACAAAUGGAGGGUCUGAGAUUUACGCAGACAUCAGAAGGAACUCAUUGGAAGAAGCCAUCAAGGUGUGCUUGGAAGGUGGUUUGCAAGGAAUUGUAUCAGAAGUCAAAGCUAUCUUUAGAGAUCCAGGGGCAAUAUCUAGAAUCAAAGAGUCCAAACUGAAGCUUCUAACCUACGGCCAAUUGAAUAAUGUGCCAGAGGUAGUAUACAUGCAACACCUAAUGGGCAUCAAUGGAGUUAUUGUGGACCUUGUUCAAGAGAUCACGGAGGCGAUCACGAACUACAACCAACCCCGCGAUGACGGUGAAGAAAUUAGCUCAUUUGAAGUGGAAACGGAAAGGAGAGCUCGAGUCAAGACGACGCCUCAGUUUUCGCAACGUGAACUCUCGUUCCUUCUGAAGCUUAUACCAGAGCUGAUACGGCAUUGAACACAAAAUCCAACAAGAAACACUUUUAUACUUGCUUUAUUGAUAGACCUUAGUUGAUAUGAGUGAUUUCCUUCCCAAUCAUUUGAGAGAAAUCCAACAAGAUGUACGUAGGAAAUAAACCGAGGAAUAUCUAUGGUUUGUAUUGAUAUGCUGGACGUCUUUUGUGUGUAAUAUUCCAUCAAAACUAAAACAAACACAUAUUCCUGUUUUGCUUACAGUCUUUUCAAUUUGGCAAAUGCUAUAUCUAUAUCGCUAAUAGUAAUGUAAGG